AUGGUAUUUAAUAAAUCUUAUUCUAUUGUAGAUGGAGGUGGAGCCCAUACAAGUGAAGACAGCUGUGACCCUCAGGAGUUGAAGGUGUGUGUAGACGGAAUACCUCGUACUGCAGUUGGUCUGCCACGGACCAGGGAAGAACUGGAUAAACAUUGUCUUGCAUAUCAGACGGGUAUGUCAUGUAUGGACACGUGGAUCAAGAGAUGUCUACCGACGGAUGGACAGGAGAUCAUUCAACAGAAGAUCGGUGGAGCCCGGGCUCUCAUGACAUAUUUAUGUACCAACGAUACGGCUCUACGGAGAGACAUCCUGAAGGAGCCGUCGUGUUGGUCGCUGGUGUCAUCGGACUGGUCUGUUAUGAUUGCGAGGAAAUCUGAUGAAAGAUUUGCUACAGAUAAAUUGAAUGAAUUGCUAUAA